CACAGAUUUUCACACAGGACGCCUUCCUGCUUAGUGUCACCCCCUGGUCUUGAACCAGAGAUUGUUUCACAUGUUUGAACGUGAACGUUUUAACACUUGAUCCUUUUGCAUUUGGGUUUAAAGUGCUCCUCUGAACCUGCUCAUAAGAAAUACUGACGGUGCUUUGAAUUCAGCGUUGGCAGGUCUCCUCUGUCAUCUUUUAGACAGCACAGCAUUGUAAAUACACCUUGUCUCUUUGCCUUUUUUUCCCUUUAAUUAGGAUACAGUUUAUGCAUACAUGAAAAUCUUUCAUCCUCUGCCUCUUUCUCACUUCCAUAGGGUUGGUUUUGAAGCCUGCAGACCUCAAGCAGGAGACACAAAGCAGAUAAAAGUGUAGCACGACGAGAAGUUCAGUUUGUCUCCUGCUGUUUCUGAAACAACACAGCGGGAGCAGCUCGCUAACCUACAUUUCAAGCUUCAAUGUUUAAUAUGUGCGUGUGUGUAUUAAGUGUUAUAUUGUUGCAUGCAUGCAGUAUGCAUAACUGUCACAUGUGCAGCACAGUCCAUAUUUAUGUGUGGCCACUGCAGAGUUCUGUGCAUUGGUCGGUCUGUUUUAGGCAUUUCACGUGUUCUCUAGUAUUUUAUAGUAUGUGCUUAUUAUUAAUUCAUCAUUUUCUAUUAAUUCUAUGAUUUCUGGACGUUUUUGAGUAAAUGUGGAAAACUAUAUUACAAAUCUGAGACUGAUAGUUUAUUUAAAGCCAGAGAUUUAACAUGUUUUAGCGCUGUAACCAUGGGACUAGCUCAGAAACACAGAAAACCCAAUUUGUGUCUAAAAGCUGGCACAGUAUCAGACCUGGGUCCAGAGCUGGACCACUGACAUCAGUGACCGUGGGAGGAGCUACUCCAAGAAAUUCACCAGCAAUCUGCAGAUUUUCAUCACUCUUAAAUUACUUAAACAAACUGUUUUCACACUCCAGAAAAUUUCAGGGGAGUCACGUCUGCAUAUUUUCAAAAAUUGUCCUUUUCUCAUGUGAAGCACACAGCAGGAGGGAGUCUGCUUCAGCAUUCGUGUAGAAGCCGUCUGGAUAGAGCAUGUGGGACGCGUAAACUCAAAAGCAGCACAUUGUUUGGACUAGAUGCUUCUCUCACAUUGGCUCAGUCUGACAUCACACAGGUUAGAGACGGGCUGAUGUCCAGUCUGACCACAUUCUCACGUGCACCUCAGUCAGAGGAUAUGUGGAACAGUUCAGUGCAGCGGAGCAGCUCACGUGAGUCCUCAAACAGCUGGUUUCUCUGCUCUCUUUCCACAGUCCAACGACAUGCAUGAUAGGUUAGUUGGUGAAAAUGAUAACUUUGAAUCCUCUGACCACAUGCUUCAAAUGUUCUCCAUCUUUCUCAGAAACACUCAUAUUCCUCUGUUUUCUCCCCUAACAUCAAUAUUCUGAUGCUUAUGUUUGGUUGUAGCGUUCAGACACUAGUUCAGCGCCUCUGUAUGAUUUACAAAAUGUGCCACUGACCACCAGCUGAUGCCACCAAACUCACUGAUGCUGAAUCACAGCCCUUUCUCUCCUCGUGAUGUCACAACCUCAGCAGUCGCCCGCCUCCUAAAGCCGGCAGCGGGAGAGAGAAGUCAGUCACUGUGCAGGGCUUCCCGCUGCAGAGCUGCACUCUGAUUCAUUUGUUUCAGACCAGCAGAAGAGAAGAAGCAGCAGAAGGACAAACUAGUAUAAUAACAAAGGGAAAAACAUCUCCUGAAUGGCACCGGGGACUUGCAGCAGAAACAUGGAGCGGUCAGACCUGAAAGGAAAGUCUAAGAGGAAGAGGAGGAGGAGGUGCAAAGGCAAAGGAUGCAGCAGCACGCCGUCAACCUUCAUAAGCCCCAUAAAACACUGGGAUACUGAAGCAUCAUCAGCUGAGGAUGCAGACAGUUCAAGUACCAGCAGUUUGGAGGUGAAGGAGAAUCAGGAUGACAAAUGCCAGGUGGAGCGUGUCCUCCUUAGAAAGUAUCACCCAUCAACUUUUUGCACAACUUUCCCCAGAAAUGGACAAAGAGCUUUCAAGAGGAAGCAGCCGCUGGUGGACGGAAAAGACCAGCUGCUCUACCAAAGCCACUCGACCUGUAAAAGAGCAGCUUGGGGUGUGACUCAGAAGAACGCACUGGUGCACCUGAAUGAGCUACGACCAGGCCUGCAGUAUGAUAUCACAUCAAAGACUGGCCCGCUGCACGCACCGGUGUUUUCUGUAGCCGUGGAGGUAAACGGCUUCCACUUCGAGGGCCGAGGACCAACUAAAAAACAGGCCAAGAUGAGGGCUGCAGAGCAGGCUCUCCAGUCAUUCAUUCAGUUCCCAAACGCCUCCCAGGCUCAUGCCACCAUGGGGAACUUCACCAGCACACCUGUGGACUUCACAGCAGAUAAAGUGGAUAUUCCCAACGGAUUUUUCAAAGAGUUUGAGCCGUCGGUGCUUCGGAACUGUGAUCUACUCCACUGCAACGCAGCAAAAAAGGAGGUCUUCUCCAGCAUUUACAACCACAGAAGACUUGUUCGUCUAACACUGGACUUGGUGUCCUCUACAAAUCCAAAAAGACGAGCAGUCACCACCUCACUGUUAGAGGACCUCAGUCCAGUAGCACUGCUCAAUGAGCUGCGACCGGGGCUCAGGUACAUGUGCCUGACUGAGAGAGUUCCUGGCAGGCUGAUGAAGACUUUUGUUAUGGUGGUCAGGUUGGAGGGGCGGGUGUUUGAAGGGUGUGCCCCCAGUAAAAGACUGGCCAAGGCCAAAGCAGCAGCAACUGCCCUACAGUCUCUUUACAACAUAAGUCUGGGACCAGAGAGGACCUUCAUGAGCCUGCAGGACAGCAGGGCCAAAAAUCAGCUACCUCAGUUCUUUGCAGAGUCAAUCUUCCACUUGGUGAGAGAGAAAUACACAGCGCUCGCAGACAGCUGUUCCUCUACCUCGCACGCCCGACACAAGGUGCUGGCAGGGAUCGUGAUGACCAGAGGACUCGAUCUUCGAUCAGCACAGGUUGUGUCUCUGGCCACAGGGACGAAGUGCUUGGACUUGGGUGGUGUGAGCGACUGUGGCUGUACGCUCACCGACUGCCACGCUGAAGUCGUGAGUCGACGGGCGCUGGUUCGAUUCCUGUACAGUCAGCUGGAGCUGCUCCUCUGCAAGCCAGUGGACAGCGAGGAUCAGUCGAUCUUUAUACCAAAUAAAAGCUGCGGUGAUGGCUUCCGGCUGCGGGAGGGCGUCCACUUCCACAUGUACGUCAGCUCGUCGCCGUGUGGAGACGCUCGACUCAACUGCCCCUACGAGACCACAGCUGCAUAUCCCAGCAGGAGAUUUCGCUGCCACCUCAGGGUGAAGGUAAAGGGAGGUGAGGGGACGCUGCCCAUCACGGCACGGAGAGCCAAUCAGAAAUGGGAUGGCUUAUCGCGGAGUAAACCUCUCGUUACCAUGUCAUGUACAGACAAACUGGCAAAGUGGAGCGUCGUGGGCCUCCAAGGGGCUCUCCUGUCUCACCUGGUGGAGCCGGUUUACCUCCAGAGCCUAACAGUGGGCACGCUCAGCCACACGGGUCACCUGGGUAGAGCUAUGGCACGCCGCCUCGCGCCCAUCAAACACCUCCCCUUCCCCUACAGACGACAGCAGCUGCUGCUCGGCUGUUUGAGCAGCAGGGACGCCCGGCCAGCAGGGAAGCCUCCCAACGUCAGCGUGAACUGGAGCUGCGGUGAUGGAGGCUGGGAGGAAAUCAGCACCUCCACAGGGAGGAGGAAGGACUCAGGGACGCCAUCGCGGCUCUGCAGGCGCUCGCUGUUUGCCCGCUGGCUGAGGCUGCAGCAGCAGCUAAUCAACCCUGUAAUCGGGGCAGAACCCACAACAGGGACGUAUUGUGCUUCCAAGAUGUCUGCUCAGUGCUACCAGAGGGCGGUGCAGCAGUUCAGCAGCGCUCUGCAGGGAGGUGGUCUGGGGACGUGGCUGAGGAAACCGCCAAAACUGGGCCACUUCACUGUCAGUGUGUCAAAAACUGAGCGUUAAAUGGUGAUUAUGGAGGCUGCAGGUUUUCCUUUUGGCACCGCAUCACAAAGAAGUUUUAUUUUAUUUAUAAUAAACUACGAAAGUAAAAGUGGCCUGAACAGAGACAGCUGGGACAGACAAAGUUAAAUAAUUGCAGAUUAAUACAACGUAACAACACUGUUAAAUAACAGACUCUGAACGAACAAUCUCCUCCUGUUUUGGUCCUGAUGCGUUAUAAUUAAUGCAGAGGGUCAAGAGGGCUUCACGAGGUCCCUAAUGUGAAUAGCAAUUGUACUAAUAGCACCUCUCAAAUCUUUUGUACAAGUAAAGAUAGGCCAGCAGAUCCUCACCUUCCAGAAGUGUCCUAAUAAGGUCUACAGCUCGUGUCAGUCCUUGUGAGAAAUUAAAACAAUAAAUGUACUGUAACAAACUUUAUCCCAACCUUAACCAACCAGCUGAGCCAGCGACACUGAAAUUUUAGCCGUGAAUCAGAAGCGAGGCCCAACAUUGAGUUUGAAAGAUUUCCCUCCUCACAAGUUUUGUGUUCUUGUUUAUUCUGUUUAGAAAUGUUGUGUUUGACGUCUUAUUAUCUUAAUGUAGGCUGGAGAGAGUGCUGUAGGCUCAGGAGUGUGAUGGCACACUGCCCCCUAGAGGUAGGUGGUGUGCUUUACACACCACCUACCUCUAGGUUUGAUGAGCAAGAAAGUCCCGUUUUCUCCUUUUAAUCCAACUUUAAUUUACUUUAAAAUAAGUCUCUGGAAUAUCUGUAAUUAAUGUGUUUCUAUGUUAAUUUAUAGGAAAAACUACAUUUUGUUGAAUGUGACCUAAAAGAGAACUUCUUAUGAAAGCCAUCGGUGUUGGAUACUAUGAAGUUUCCAUUAUUAGACAUGCAGAUUGUCUUCUAUAUUAGUCAACUAUUUUUAUCACUGGAAAUAAAAUUAUUUGUGUUAGUUUGUGUUGUUUUUAUCUACAAAUGCACAACAAAUUUAAAAUAAAAGCCUCCGCCCUAAAAAAGUCCCAAGACAUUAACACAAUAUACGCACACACAAAUCAGACAGCAAAUGUUCAAACAGCACAAAUGUUUUAUUUUUGUUUCACAAGCGACUGCUUGUUCCUCGUUGCACAGCUAUAAUCCACAAAACUCAGUAACAUUUUCCUUUUUCUUUUUUUUUUUGGAGAACUGUGAGCUGUUAUGUUUUUGUUUUACAUCGACCACACAAAACACAGUUUAAACACCGGGAGACCACAGUCUGACGAGGGUUCAGGAUGGCAGCUUAAUGACGGGCGAUGCUCAGUGAUCGGGUUUUUCUGAUGGCGUGAAAGAUGAAACUUAACGUUCGGUUAAAACUGGUGAGUCGUGAAGGUGGUAACAAAGUGGCUCAGUGUUGGUGGAAAGAGCAGUCGAGUGCAGUGAAAAAGUUAACAAGGAAACACACACACACACACACGUUCUGUCAUUUAAACCAGGGAUGACGGCCGGAGGAACAGAUUAGAGUCCCAACUUUAAAGAUAAUGCAGAUAAUGACCACCUCUGCAUAUACAUGCGAGAUAAGAAUACAACGAGUCGGUAUUUACUACAGAUUAUUCAUCUACUUCAUGUAAUCAGUCCAUUUUCAGUCUCUUGUGUGGCGUCACUUUAUCUUCAACAUCAGAGCACAGCCCUGCACAACAGCCUGAGAGCGCUGCUCGUCAUUUUCUGAAUCAGUUUUCAUUUUUUCCUGAUACAAUUUUGAGAUUUCCUAUCAACCUCCUACUCCUAGCACAUUUAUUUAGAUUUCACUGAUCUCUGAAGUUCUUUGUGUUCUCGUAAGUUAGCAAAAGCUCUGACAAUAACAACAUAUGCAGUUUAAUACAAAAUAAAUAUGAGUAAUGCUGAUACUGGAAGGAAAUCCUGUCUGUGCAAACAAUUCUAAAGAUACCACAAAAAAAAUGUACAAAACAAAACCUCUGCCUGCGUCUUCCCUGGCAUAAGUGACAAAAUGAAUUCUGUGAAUGUGAAUGAAAAAAAUCACUAUCAAGCAACAAAACUGAGUUACACCAGACAAGUGGUAACAACGUGUCAUGUUAUAAAAAAGAAACACGUUGCAGCCACGUACAGCCAACCUUUCUUAAUAUAUCACAGUCUGUGACACAAAUGUUAAAGUAAGAGGAGUUCAACAUUUUGCACACACACACACACACAAAAGAAGAUUGAAAAACGGUCUCACGCUGUCCAACCAAGAAGAAACAAACAUGUUUGCAGCCUGAUAUUUAAAACUGUUCCAGCCUGUGUGGCAGGCUUCCCUAAACUUUAACUAACACUGAAGUUCAGACCUCUGUGCUUGUUUCACUUUAU